CCUCAUCCAUUAUAUAAACACAAUCCCGGCUCCACAAAUCUCUAAACCAUAACUCUAUUACCUCUCGCACUCAUAUUUCAUAUUUGACUUGCUAGACAUGGUUAAGCUUCACUUGUGUUCAAGGGCCAUGCCAACUUUAUUGCUUCUGUGUUUCUUCCUCGUCUUGGGGAAUUUCAACAAAUUAGCUGAGGCCAGAAUUAGACAUUACAAAUGGGAGGUCAAGUAUGAGUUUAGAGCCCCUGAUUGCUUUAAGAAGCUGGUUAUUACCAUCAAUGGUGAAACUCCAGGACCUACCAUCCAGGCCCAGGAGGGUGAUACAAUUGUUGUUCAAGUUAACAACAGUUUGGUCACAGAAAACCUUGCCAUCCACUGGCAUGGUAUCAGACAGAUUGGAACUCCUUGGUUUGAUGGAACAGAAGGGGUAACUCAAUGUCCUAUAUUUCCUGGAGACACAUUUAUUUAUCGGUUUGUUGUAGACAGGCCUGGGACAUAUCUUUACCACGCUCACUAUGGAAUGCAAAGGGAAGCGGGGCUAUAUGGACUAAUACGAGUGACACCCCGUGACCCUGAACCCUUUGCUUAUGACCUUGACCGAACCAUUAUUCUGAACGAUUGGUACCACCAGAGCACUUAUGAACAAGCUGCUGGAUUGUCUUCAAUUCCAUUUCAAUGGGUGGGAGAACCUCAGUCACUUCUGAUUAAUGGAAAAGGAAGAUUCAACUGUUCCAAAUCUCCAAGCUCAGGCACUGAUGUUUGUGACACAUCAAACCCUCAAUGCUCUCCCUUUGUACAAACUGUGAUCCCAGGAAAAACUUACCGACUAAGAAUUGCCAGCUUGACUGCUUUAUCAGCACUAAGUUUCCAAAUAGAGGACCAUAACAUGACAGUGGUGGAAGCAGAUGGUCACUACGUUGAGCCAUUUGUGGUUAAAAACCUGUUCAUAUACUCAGGUGAGACCUACUCAGUUCUAGUGAAAAGCAACCGAGAGCCAUCAAGGAACUAUUGGAUAACCUCAAACGUGGUGAGCAGAAACAGAAGCACCCCAGCAGGGUUAGGCAUCUUCAACUACUACCCCAACCACCCAAAACGGUCCCCACCAACGGGUCCACCCUCUCCCCCUGCAUGGGACGACGCUAAGCCAAGGCUAGCCCAAAGCCUCUCCAUCAAGGCCCGCCAAGGCUACAUCCACAAACCCCCCGCAACCUCCGACAGACUCAUCGUACUCCUCAACACGCAGAACAACAUAAGCGGUUACCGCCACUGGUCGGUGAACAAUGUCUCUUUCACACUCCCUCACACCCCAUAUCUCAUUGCCCUCAAAGAGAACAUAAACGGCGCCUUCGACACCACCCCUCCCCCUGAUGGCUACGACUUCGCUAGCUACGACAUUUUCAGUGUGCCCAAUAACGUCAAUGCCACUUCUAGUAAUGGAAUUUACAGGCUCAAGUUCAACACGACGGUCGAUGUUAUACUCCAAAACGCCAACACCAUGAACAAGAACAAUAGCGAGACGCACCCGUGGCACCUUCACGGGCACGAUUUUUGGGUUCUGGGAUACGGGGAGGGGAAGUUUGACGUUAAGAAUGAUACCAAAAAGUAUAAUUUGGAGAACCCCAUUAUGAAGAACACGGUUCCGGUGCACCCCUUUGGUUGGACCGCCUUGAGGUUUAGGUCCGAUAAUCCUGGCGUCUGGGCUUUCCAUUGCCAUAUAGAGUCUCAUUUCUAUAUGGGAAUGGGAGUGGUUUUUGAAGAAGGCGUAGAAAGGGUCGGGAAGUUACCUUCCUCCAUCAUGGGUUGUGGUGCAACCAAAGGUUUUCAUACACCAUGAUCAAACAUAUAUACUUUUCUUCAAUUAUUAUCUUUUCAUUCAAUUCUUUGUGCAAUGUGUACAAAAGAAUUUUCAUCUCAUGUAUUCUUUUUUUUUUUCAAAAACCCAAAAAUUUAUAACUAUUGGACAAAUUGUGCCUUCAUUAUAGGUUGUAAAUUGUCAUUGUUUUAGUUCCUUGGUUAUGGCAAUUGAGAAAUUGUUUUUUAAAAUGCACA